AUUUCGGCGGUGGCGGCACGGCGGCUACCGAGUACCGGUCAGUUCCCGAACGUCCGCGGAACCGACAAGUUAAUACGUAAAUAGUUUCUUUCUCGCGGGCAGUGCGGUUGUAUUCUGUCGAUUUUUGUGUGCGCAUAAAGAAGUAAUUUGUCCGUUAAUGUAAAGUAAAAACGAGUAAUCGAACGGUGACAUGGCUGGAGAGGAAGACAAAGUAGUUUUUCGCGGGAAGCCACACGUUGGCAUAUAUAACGUCGAUUAACGUCGAAGAUGACAAAGACUUGAAAAAAAUCUUGAUGGAUCGUCGAUGGGGAUUCGGUUGAACAAUGGAACAUACAUCGGCCCGGCUUGUCAAAGGAUAAACAACCACCUGCAGAGGAUAAGAUUUCCAAAACAAUGCAGGCUGCGGAUGCUGUUUCGAGGUAAUGCUCACAUACGGUCGGUUCGAAGAAGAUCCACUAUAUAUGGAACGCAGUAUUAAAGAAGAAAUAGUGGCCGAUUCACAAAAUGAGAUACCUUAUUUUGAAUUUUAUGAAUGCCCUAGUUUUGAUAGCAAUUAUGAUCAUCCAGUAACUGCGAAUAUUUGUACAAAACUUGAAGAGAAGUUCAAAAUUGCUAUAGAUAAAGUUCACAGUUCACAUUAUAAACAUUUUAUUCAGUUUUACUGCACUAAAUGCCAGUCAACUACCGACGUACAUUUUAGAAAAUACCGCAACUGCAGAAAUAAAAAUUGUUCAACAAUUUUAAAAUAUCAAUGCAUCUUAUGUGGAAAGUUGUUUAAGCACUAUACGGGUGCUUACAUGCAUGUUAAAAAAAAUAAUUGUGAAAAAUCAAACAAGACCGUGAAAACCGAAAUCAAAACCGAAUUGAUUACUAAAUGUUCAAAAAAGUACAAUCCUUAUAACAAUAAAAUUAAAAAAAAUGGGAUUCGUAAAAAUACAUGUCCGAAAUGUUUCACGGCAUACAAGAAUGGAGCAGGGUUCGCGAUCCAUUUUAAAUAUUGCGGUCUAAAGCGUGACAUAAAUUGCAGUUAUUGUCCAUAUAAAUGCAAGUUAGAAGCCGAGCUUACGAGACACAUGAAAAAACACGUAAAAUUAGAAUAAAAAAACUUGCCCAAACAAAGGACGUAAAAAAAAAUAGCUAAGUCGCGCGUUUUGACGAAUCACUUAGGAAGUAUCAAUGGCUCGAAAGAUCAUCAGAAAAAAUAUCUAAAGAUAUUUUUGUAGUGCAAAAAUAUCUAAAGAUAUUUUUAUUGUGCACACUGUAGUUAUAAUUCUAAAAAUAAAAAUCAUGUAAUAAGUCAUCUUCAGUUAACAUUUUGUAUUAUUUUACGAAAUGAAUGUUUGUUUUAAGUGAUGUAGUAUUAACUUAAAACCCUAUACCACCUUAAUUAUCAUUUAAAAAAAAACAAAAAGAGCUUAUAUUAUGACUUUUUAGUUCAUGAACCAUAUAGUUAUUUUAUAUUUUAGAACAUUUUUAUUGUAGUUGUGAGAUAUACUGAAAAAUGAGCAUUGUAUUGUAACAAAUGUUUUAACAAAUGCUGUGAUUUUUCGGAAAUUUUUAAGUUUAACAAUUUAUGUAACCUACCAUAAAUACUUUGUAUAAAAUCUGAAUAAAUUCACGCAAUAAAAAAUAUAUGCAUGCAAA